AUGGCUUCCAUCAAACUGUCUGCCCCACUCCUCUUGACCUCUUUGACCACGGCCGUUCUAGCGAAAAACUCUAGUCCUGUCGACCUGAACUGGCACGCACCCAAGAAGAGUUGGAUCAACGAUCUGGACCAGGUAAUCAAUGGCACAGGCACCAAUGGAUUCGUCUUUAGUGCAUCGCAAUUGCCCAGCGGAGUGCAGUAUGGUACCUAUAAUUGGUGCAACAUGCCACAUGUGAGAAGGGAAGAAUACAAAAAGGCCCCGGAUGAUUACGAACUGGUCUACGUCGAAGUCUUCCACCGUCACCACAAGCGCACACCCUAUGCAUCCAACACCUUCCCCCAAGAAUCAUACGGAUGGGACUGCGACGACCAAGGCCUCUUUUACUACGGCGAACCCCUCAACCCCACAGGCAAUGCAUCAGCCCCAACCUACUGGUCCGUCUACACCGACCCAACCAAUCCCUUUGCCCAACCCGGCUUCAAAGGCAGCUGUCAAUUCCCCCAAAUCACCCGCGGCGGCCUCGACGACUCCCACCAACACGGCAAAGACCUCUACGGCGUCUACCACGACCUCCUACACUUCCUCCCCUCCCAACCCAACCAACAAGUCUCCUACCGCGUCACCAACAACGUCAUCACCUCGCAAGUCGCCGGCAUGCUCAUCAACGGCAUGUACCCACACCCCCAAUCCCCCAUCCCCCUCCACAUCCAACCCCCCAACAUCGACUCCCUCGAACCCCAAUACCCCUGCCCACCCGCCUCCUCCCUCUACACAUCCUACAGCACCACCAGCACCGCCAAAAACUGGACCGCCCACCUCACAGCCGCAGCCCCCCUCUUCACCGCCCUCGACACCGUCUCCAACAUCCCCCCAAACUCCACCGACUGGCACAAAUCCUUCGACCACUACUACGACAACCUCUCCGCCCGCCAAUGCCACGCCAAACCCCUCCCUUGCAACCCCGCAAACCCUUCCCUCUGCAUCACACAACAUCAAGCCGACACCGUCUACCGCCUCGGUCAGUACGAAUACUCCUUUAUUCACCGCGACUCCCCCGCCAGCCUCGCCGCCGCUACCGCUUCCUACGGCGUCUACUUUGCCGAACUCGCUCAGCAUAUUCGCGCCGCCCGUGACGGCCAGUCUGCUGUUCGUUAUAGACAUAAUGUCGCACAUGAUGGCUCCGUCGCCCGCCUUCUAAGUUUCUUGCAGCUCGACUCCAUGGUCUGGGUCGGCAUGGGGAGUGAGGUCGUUUUCGAAGUGUAUAGGCGGAAGACUGGGGGGCAUGAGCAUGAGCAUGAGCAUGGUGAGACUGACCCGGAAAAUAAAGCCAACCAUGCGAUUCGCAUCCUCUGGGGAGGCCGUGUCCUGACGAGCUCGAAUCCUAGUCUGGGAAGUGUCGAUAUGCUGGAUUUACGCGUCUUUUUGGCCUAUGUGGAUGGGCUUGUUGGAAGGGGGGCUGGGCGCGUCAAGCGGGCCUGUGGGUUGUGA